AACGGGAACCCAGCUGAGCUGGAGCACUUCGCUAGGAGCCUGCAAACGAAACAGAUGUGCUUGCUGUGAAUUUCUGUAGUAUCUGGGCUCUUUGUACCAAAGGUGAUAAUACUUUCCUUCCUGUGAUUAUUUUUUUUUUCCUUCUUUUAUUUUGCACACAUUUUCCAUAAAGGGAAUGAAAUGGAGAAGUUGAUGAAAUAUAUAUCAGUGAAAGAUGAAGAUCAGUUUUAUCAUCAGGGAGCUGUGGAGCUGCUAGUCUUUAACUUUCUUCUCAUCCUUACAAUAUUAACUAUUUGGUUGUUCAAAAACCAUCGAUUCCGCUUUCUGCAUGAAACUGGAGGAGCUAUGCUUUAUGGCCUUGUAAUGGGAUUAAUUAUACGAUACACGACAAAAGCAUCAGAUGUUGAAAGCGGAACUGUUUAUGAAUGUGAAAAGCUGAAAUCUGGGCCAUCCACUUUACUUAUUAAUAUAACUAAUCAGGUCUAUGAAUAUCAAUACAAAGGAGAGAUCAGCCACCACAAUGUCAAUGGCCACCAGGGCAAUGCAAUGCUUCAAAAGAUGACAUUUGAUCCUUCCAUCUUCUUCAAUAUUUUGUUGCCACCCAUUAUAUUUCAUGCUGGAUAUAGUUUAAAAAAGAGACAUUUUUUUCGUAACUUAGGAUCAAUUUUAACCUACGCCUUUUUGGGAACUGCCAUCUCCUGCAUUGUCAUAGGGUUGAUAAUGUAUGGGUUUGUGAAGGCCAUGGUACGCAUUGGCCAGUUAAAAGGAUGGGAAUUCCACUUCACUGACUGUUUAUUUUUUGGAUCGCUGAUGUCUGCCACAGAUCCAGUGACAGUCCUUGCUAUUUUCCAUGAACUGCAUGUGGAUACAGAUUUGUACACACUCCUGUUUGGAGAGAGUGUCCUAAACGAUGCUGUGGCUAUCGUGCUGACAUGCUCUAUAUCCAUUUACAGUCCUAAGGAGAAUCCUAAUGCAUUUGACACUGCUGCUUUCUUCCAGUCAGUGGGAAAUUUCCUGGGGAUCUUUGCUGGAUCAUUUGCCAUGGGAUCCUCUUAUGCUGUUGUGACAGCUUUAUUGACAAAAUUUACAAAGAUCUGCGAGUUUCCUAUGUUGGAGACAGGUCUGUUUUUCCUACUGUCCUGGAGUGCCUUCUUAUCAGCAGAAGCUGCUGGUCUUACAGGUAUUGUUGCAGUCCUUUUCUGUGGAGUCACGCAAGCCCAUUAUACCUACAACAAUCUGUCACCAGAGUCCAAAAUGAGAACUAAACAGUUGUUCGAGUUCAUGAAUUUUUUGGCUGAGAAUGUCAUCUUCUGUUACAUGGGACUCGCACUAUUCACAUUUCAAAAUCAUAUCUUCAGUCCUCUCUUCAUAUUUGGUGCAUUUGUGGCAGUUUUUGUAGCAAGAGCUUGCAACAUAUACCCACUUUCAUUCCUUUUGAAUUUGGGUCGAAAACAAAAGAUUCCCAGGAACUUUCAGCACAUGAUGAUGUUUUCAGGUUUACGUGGUGCAAUAGCAUUCGCAUUGGCUAUUCGAGACACAAAGUCCCAGCCCAAACAAAUGAUGUUUACAACAGCACUGCUGAUCGUAUUUUUCACAGUCUGGGUAUUUGGUGGGGGCACAACACCAAUGCUUACAUGGCUUCAAAUCAGAGUUGGUGUAGAUCCAGAUGAAGAUCUGAAAGUAGAAGCUGCAAGCCAGAGUGCAUCUAACUUGGACAAAAAUACUACCAAAGCUGAGAGUGCAUGGCUGGUCAGAAUAUGGUAUGGCUUUGACCACAAAUACCUGAAACCUAUCUUAACCCACACUGGUCCACCUCUCACAACAACAUUACCUGAAUGGUGUCAUCCUGUUGCCAGGAUUCUGACCAGCCCCAGUGCAUAUGGCGAUCAACUGAAGGAUGACGACACAGAUUAUAUCAUAAAUAACGAUGAAUUGACUGAAAACUAUGAAACAUCUGCUCACAUACCAGUGCCAGCACAGGACAGAACAGGCUCCACCCAGGCUACAGGCAAGGAAGAUAUUAAUGAAGGAGACCUAGGAUUAGGAGGGUACAAACUCCAGUUUAAACACAUCGCAGGUCAACCCUAGAUUAAUUCAUUGGCAUGAACAGCUUAAAGUUAAUCACAAGAAAUAAGACUAAGACAAAGAAACAAAAGAUACUCUUACGUGAGCAUGACUCUAAAAUACCUACUAAGCACAAAAAUCAAAGAAAACUUAGAUUUUACCAACUAAAUGCCUUCUCCCCCCAGGAAAGAGCUCACCAACAAUAUGCAGGUUUUCUGACUGCAGCAGUUUUUAAUAAAAAGAUGUGGCACUGUCAGCCCACUGUAAAGCCAUUACAAUCACAUGUUGUCUCAAUGGUACUUGACUGUACCACACUCCUCACAUGUCUGCAGGCCUUUGAAUGUUGCUUAUAGUCUUUAGUCAGCUAGAAUGGAGAGAAAUAGUUUGCUAAUACAUUCAUGCUCACAUGAUGACAUCACUUCUUACGCAGCUGGUCCUGAACGGAUCACUACUGCUCCAGUAGCUAUUACAACUAAGGAAUAAGCAAAAGAUUUUUUCUGGGCAUGAUCUAAAAAUACUUAAAACAUGCAGUGCAGCACCUCAGUCUUGAUAGAUCAAGCUCCUUUGUGCUCACAGUAUAGACUUUUCCCGACAACCAGCUUAACGCUUGCUUUCUACAUGCACCUUAUAGCUUAGUCCAUACAGGGUUGCCCCAGGCUGCCCCAAACUGAAUGUUGAUAGGAGACACUGAAGUCUAUGAAACCAGCAACAGACCUGCUUUUAUGGCUGCACUGAAUAGGCACAACCACUAUUUAAAUAACAAUUACUCCACAAGGUUUUGUUACAGCUUUGCAGCACACAAAGCUUACAUGCUAGGAAAAGUUUUGUUGUUUUGCAAGAUUCUUCUGGAUGUAUGCUUUAAGAAGUCUACUGUUUCUUUUUUUUUUGUUGUUCAAGGAAAGUGAGUAAUUUCUAAUCAAAUACUUCUGCAAAGUUGCUAUAUCUUAAGACUGGCUGCUCCAAGGAUAAAUUUGUCCAUCUAAUUAUACUGGGCACUCAGUAUCAUACUAGUGAUGAGGACAGUGGUGAUUAGAUAUAAAAAACAAGAGGAGAGCUUAGGUAUGAAAUGUUAAUUUUGCCUGCAUAAACACAGUAACUGGAUAAACAACUGAUCAACCAUACAUACAUCUAGCUGCCAUAUACUAUUAUCAAGCAUUUCAUAUUAUCAAGCAUAUCAGCUUUUGCGCAUAUCAGCUAAGUAGGGCGAAUACAGGGAUAGAGCCAGGCUUCUGUUGUUAGAGCACGUGCCUUUUCUUACUGCAGAAGUUUCAACUAACUGUGCAUGACAGUGUUCCUACUAAGAAAGUUAAAACCAUGAGGCAUUUUUAAAUCAGGUGAUUCUUAAUACACAAAGACAAUAAGCAAACAAGAAUUUUUUGAUCUCUAAAGAAUAAAAAAAAUCACGCUAUCUCCAUGAAUGAUCAUAAAGCUGAAUAGGUCUUGAUUUCACCACAGAUGGAAACUGAAAUAGAAACUUAAUAUAAUCAAGUUUUAGUCAUUCUCUUCCAGGCUAAUUAAUUUCUGGUUAAAUGUGAUUCUAGAACAGCUGUUUUAAACAAAUUUGAACACUGGCAUUCUAUAUGCUUUUAUGAAAGAUCAGAAGCUUAAACGGGCAUUUUAUUUUCCCCUAAACACUAAUCAAGGAACUUCAAAGGAUCUUAAUCCCCAUGUGGUUUAAAACAAGUAAUAUUCAGGCACGAUAACAAGUUCCGAGGAGAACUAAUGAAUUCCCAGCUCCCUGCUUUGCCUUGUUUAGCUGCAUGAGGUGGGAAAAAGAUGUGCAGCAGGUUGCAAGAGAGGAUGGAGAAUGAAUAGGGAGGUCAAGUUUCAUGGCCUAGUCCUGUGCACCCCACAGCAUACGGUGGGAGACAGCACGGAUAACAGGAGGCAGGAUAAGCAGGUACAGAGAGACACACUGCAGUAAGGUGAAUGUGUGGCACCACAGUGGGAAGAUAUUAUCGUAGAUGGGUGCUAACACAGUCCUGCUUUCAGUACACAGAGUUUCUGAUUUCAAUCUUCAGAAGUAUUGAGUGCAUGUCACCCGGCUUCUUAAGCUCCUUGGGAAGCACAUAUCCCAGUCCUUAGAUUAUAGCGCAAAUCAAUAAACUGCUGCGGUAUUAUGAAGAUGCAAAGCUGUUUUUCCACAACUGCUACAUGAACUGGAAAUGACAGGCUCUUCACCAAUGAUUCUGCUUAGAUUCUACUCAAAUGCAUCCUGCAGCAUACUCUACAGGGGUUUUACCAAUUUAUUUAUUAUGCCUGUCCAAAUUUCUCAAAGUUGUGCAGCAUGAUAAAUUGAGAGCUCUGGGCUCUGAAAUUCUCUGUUUAUCAAAAAAAAAAAAAAAAAAGUCUGUAGUGAAUACUCCUCACACUGUUCUACCUGGAUGCCUUAAAGGACUACUUUACUUAGUAAAGAAAGUCAUCCCUUGCAGCAGAAGCGUGCAUACUUCACAGGUCAGAUUUUUUUAUGCUAAGCAGCAGUCCUCACAGGAUGAGUACUUAUCCUCCAAGACCACGCUUGGCAACCAAAGUGUCACUUGCUUUUAGGAAAAUCAGUAAACCCAGCUGCAAGCAAACCUGAAAUUUCUACUUGGCAAUAAAAUUCUCAAUUAUGUUACACUAUUCUGCCUUGCCAUUUCUUAAUUUGAAGAUGUUCUUUUCAUGACAAGCAGAUCAAAAGAGUUAAAACAAUAUUAGAAUAGAUGAUAUAUUUGUAUUCGAGGAGAAAUUACCAUCAACUAGUAAUUCUGCAUGACUGUUUAAACAGGGUAAUGGAUGUUAAGAGAGGCCUUUAAUGUUAAUUUACAGUUCAUACGCUGGAGAUUUGAGCUACUCAAUAUCACACAAUGUUUGACUGAACAUACACGUCACUUGUGAUAAAUGUGAAGCUAUCCUUCCUAUCUGAGUUAAUCUAAUAAAACACCGCUUGGAAAAUGAAAUGUAAAAUAUAUUGUCAAAACGUAGUUACUGCAAACUCAGGAUGAAGGCCAAAGUGUUAGGAAAGAUGGAAACCUGCAAUAUCACAGUAAUAACUGAAAUUUCAUACUGAACUGCAGAGAAUAUUUACCUAAAGGUUGGAAGCAGCAAAAUGAAUCCUGGCUACACAGCAGAGCCAGUCCAAAAAGACACUGUAGCAACAUUAAAGAGCCCCAUGAUAUCACCAUGACGUCUCUUGCAGUGGGCAACAACACAUGCCAGCAUCACAUACUUCCAGUAGCACAUGAGAUAUCAAGUCCCAUGGGCAGCACCUGAGCCAUCCAGUCCUGCCACAACAUACCAGAUGUUGUGACCUGCCAGCAGCCAAGGACCCACAGAGUCCCACCAGUGGCAGCCAUCAACCUCUACCAGCAGCAGACCAGACAUCAAGUGCCACCAGGGGCUGACAGGACAACAAGUUCCAGCAGCAGCUACGGAGGCCUCCAGGCAUGAGCCAGCAGUGCUGGGAGCUGCCAGGAUCUCCUCGUGGGGAGACACCUGCCCCAUCUGCUUGGGUGCCCUCAAAGGCCCCACUGGAUCUGUGAUGGCAUGCAUUCUGCCAUGCUUGCAUCCAGCUCUGGGCUGCACUAAAGUCACUGUCACCCGCCCACUCUGCCAGGGGCCUAUCAUGGCCAUCUGUCACCUGCAGGUAGAGGAUGACCAUGACAGAGUGGCCCAUCAUAAUCAUGACCGCUUCCAUGCUCAUGCAGGGCCACAGCAACAGUAGGAGCAGCAGCAGCUGCAGAGCCCUAGAGGUUCCCAGCACUGGAGACUCUGCUGAGCAUGGGGAGCGCAGACACACCCCCAGACCCUGCCAGCACACCUAGAGUCUGUCCAGGCAGUGGGACAGAGAUGGCAGCUGGCCCCAUCUGCCACCAGAUGCCACCCAAGAUCUAUUACAGCUGCAAACAGUGGGGAUUGAUCCCUGGAGUUCUUUUUUCUAAUACGUGUCCAAAGAAGGGCAAAGCUGAUGAAGGGUCCAGAGCACAAGUCUUAUUAGGAGCCGCUGAGGGAACUGGGGUUACUUAGCCUGGGGAAGAGGAGGCUUGGGGGGACAUUACUGUGCUCUACAGCUACCUUAAAGGAGGUUGUAGGUCUCUUCUCCCAGAUAAGAACCAACAGGACAAGAGGAAGUGGCCUCAAGUUACACCAAGGGAAGUUUACAUUGGAUAUUAAGAAAAAUGUCUUCACUGAAAGGGUGUUCAAGCAUUGGAACAGGCUGCCCAGGGAAGUGGCGGAGUCACCAUCCUUGGAGAUGUUCAAAAGACAUGUAGAUGUGGUUCAUAGGGACAUGGGUUGGUGAUGGACAUGGCAGUCCUGGGUUAACGGUUGGACCUGAUGAUCUUAAAGAUCUUUACCAACCUAAAUGACUCUAUGGUUCUAGAAAUAUCAUGUCUUUUGUUAACUUUGACAGAGAAGUGCAGCAUUUAGUAACCCCACUGAAAGCAGGGCCCAUUGGAAGCAGACAUUUAUAUUGCUGCACUAAAAGCUCAAACUUUUCCAUAGUAACCACAUCAAUGCUAUCAUCGGUGAACUGAUUAACCCCGUGCAUUACUUAAGCUGUUAAACUAAUUGCAUUGAAGCCGUGAGAGCAGUUCAUACCCUUUCCACCUAGCAACUUACAUGCCUUGCUGAGCUGAGGAUAGUAUGCACAAUAGGUCUUUCCUUCCUUUUGAAAGCUGUUCUGUAUUUUGCUAUCAGCCAUCAAGUAAUACUGAGCCUGUAACAUCCUGUUUGCUGUGUACGUUUGGGUACAACAUGAACACAGUGAUAUACUUUAGUAUCUUAGAUGCACGUGAGCAUUGCACGUGUGCUUUCAGAAUUCUUUUUUCCACAAGAACUGAGAAUUCUUGGGAUACAAAUAUUAAUUAUGGACUUCAGAGAACAACGUAUCUUAAAUACUCGAUUCAGAGAUUGGAAACUACUCUUUCUAAAAACAAAGUUCUUUUUCCCCUAUUCCUUCCAGCAAAAUAGAAAAUAGCCCUUUUCAACAUCUUAAAGCAAACCAGUUCUGAGCAUUUUAAGUAACACAAGCAAGCUCAUCUCUGGCAAUAUAAUCCCAACAGACAUGAGUUCUGUUCAGUGAACUGUAAAAGACUUGACAACAUUUUUAUUUUAUAAACAGUCUUUCAGAACUUGAAAAUUCUCCAGCUGAUCCAGAUUUCCACAGCCUUAGUCCCAAUACCAGUCAGUUUUCAGAUCACGAAAUCCCCCUGCUUCCUUUAGCUCAAUUAUUAGUUUUCAUGGUAGAUAUUACUGUUCAGGAGAGUUAAACAUUUGAACAUGUUUUUCCUUGAAUACUGGCUUGUUUGGGUUUUGUGGGCUUUUUUUUUUUUUACAUCAUGAUCACAUACUGGUGUGCAAGUUUCUGAGCAGUAGGAAAGAAAGCUUUGUCAGCCAA